CGGACUCUCGCGAGGAUUGCUCGGGGAGUUCUGACAGAGGCUGCCAAGCGCCGGUCGGCUGAGGGAAGUGACGGUUUCCGUUGGCGGCAUCUCCCCGCAGGUAGGAGAUGGGAUCUUCCUUGUCCCAGUCGUUAUCAGCACCAGGUCCUGGCCGUCACCGCGGGCUAAUUAGAACUGGCUCACCAGCGAUAACCCAUUUUCCAUCCCCUAUCAUAUCCCUUUUCCUUCGGACCGCAUACAUUAUAUUUGAGGGAGCUAUAUAUUGAAGACAAUGUCUGGAAGCUUCUACUUUGUAAUUGUGGGCCACCAUGAUAAUCCGGUUUUUGAAAUGGAAUUUUUGCCAGCUGGAAAAGCAGAAUCCAAAGACGAUCAUCGUCAUCUGAACCAGUUCAUAGCUCAUGCUGCUCUUGACCUCGUAGACGAGAACAUGUGGCUGUCCAACAACAUGUACUUGAAAACUGUGGACAAGUUCAAUGAGUGGUUUGUUUCGGCAUUUGUUACUGCAGGUCAUAUGAGAUUUAUUAUGCUCCAUGACAUAAGGCAAGAAGACGGGAUAAAGAAUUUCUUCACUGAUGUCUAUGAUUUAUACAUAAAGUUUGCCAUGAAUCCAUUUUAUGAACCCAAUUCUCCUAUUCGAUCAAGCGCAUUUGACAGAAAAGUUCAGUUUCUUGGGAAGAAACACCUUUUAAGUUGAAUGCGGAAAAAUCUGGAAAUAAACAAUACCACUACAAUGGGGUAUUCUCAGGAAUGUGUACGUUGUAAGUAACUUGACUAAAUAGCCUGGAAGUUUUACUUGUAGUCUAAAUUUAUCUAAACCUAAUGAAUUCCUUGUAUUAUUUCAAAACAGUACAUUCAGUUUCUUAACGAUUGUCAACAGAUUAUCAAUAUUUGCUUGUGAACAGUGUUAUUUAUAAACUCUUUAUAACCUUGAAAAUAUCUUUAUUCUAAAACUUAAAGAUGAGCUUUUGACUUUACUCAUUCAGACAGCUUGAUCUUGAUGUCACAAUUCAGAACUCAAUGUCCUUGUCAAGAUUUUGGUAGACAGAUUUAAAAGUUUCUGCUAUAGGGAAUGAAGCUGAUAGCGUGUGCAUGGGUUUCCAUACAUCUAUACUGUUAUAAAACCACGCAGGCAGUAUACAUAGCACUCCACAAGAGGCCGAAGCAAGCAGCUUUUGCGGUGCCAAACACCAAGGCCUGUCUCUGUCAGAGUGAUUCUGCUAUACAUCAAGAAUCCAUGUUGUAGAAUGGGAGGCUGGGACCAAAGUGACAGGUUAUGUUCUUAUAUUGUCUUUCCCUCCGACAGUAAACUAAAGUAAGCGAACUUGUUGACAGUUAUAAUAGUAAAAAGUUGUAAUUCUGGAAUUGUAAACAAAGAAGUUUAUAUUACAUUAACAUUUGCAUUCUUAGCUUUUUUAGGCUGUACACCAAGGGGGUGGGGAGUGGUCUGUAACCAGUGGGAUCUUACUGUAAACUAGUAAAUGUCCAUUUAAAAACAAGUUACAACCAGAUAUGUUCUGUGCUAAUUGUGAGCACUUAAUUUUUUUCCAUCCUGAGUAACUUGAGCAAGUAGUUCUAAGUUUGGUCUCAUACCCUUGUGUGAAAUUGCUACCAUAAUGUUUUACCCUACCUAUUUAUUUGAUUUCUUUAAUAAAGAUGUUUGUCCAAGA